AUGGACGUAUCCAUCACUCGCCAAAUGGUAACCGACCAAGCACAUCACAAGGAACUCAUUGCAGCAAUGACAGCAAUGGGAGAAGAGUUCUCAUUGAGAGCCGUGACCAGAGACGGAGAACCCGACAACGAAGCCUACGAAAAAUGGUCCAAGCAACAGAUUGCAAAAACCCAGUUCCAAUCGCUCAAACAAGCACUCAAGGCCACCUACGUCGGACUACAACAAGGAAUGGAGACGCCAAACCAACAAUUGGCAAAGCUCAACAUGAUCCGAUACAAAGGGGGCACGAGGACGUACGACAGCGUGGCUACUUUAUUCGGCAGAAUUGCCAGGAUUCUAAACGGGUUCAACCACGAGAAUCCCCCGCCAACCAAUCAGACUUGGCAGGAGUAG